AUGACAAACAGUGAGGAAAGCCAUGCUUCGCAGAGGGAAAUGGUUGAGGGAGAGACAAGCAAUGCAAACCAAGAGAAAGCAAGUGAGAUAGCCGCCGUGAAUAGUAUGAUCGAGAGGAUGGAGGACUCUGAUGCGCCUGGUUAUGUCUAUGAAGAGGAGCAGUCAGAGAGUGAGAGGCUGAUGGAAGAAAGGAGGACCAAGAAGAGGAAUGAUCCCAUAAGUAGUGCGAGUGAAGAAGGAGAGUUUGAAAUUGGGGUCAAUAACCAAGGGGAAGAAAGUGAUGGUUCUCCAAGUGAAGAUGGUGAGGAUAACCAAGAUGAGCAGAUGGAGGAUGCUGAGGCAGAGCAAGAGGAGGAUGAGCUCCCUAUGUACCAAGAGCACUACAAUGCUCUCUUCUCCAUGGAUUUUGUUGAGACCAAGUACCCACAUGAUGCUACAAUGAGGGCCCUUGGGAUCUUUGAGGAUGUGGAGUUGGUGCUCAAGAACAUGCAGCUGGCCAAGUUCUUCUCUCACCGCUUGGAGUCUUACAAGGAGUUCACUUGUGAGUUUUUGGCUUCGCUGAGAUACCAUGAGUACAACGAGCUCGAUCGAGCUGACUUGGACCAAGGCUGGGGAUGGAUCACAUUCUUGGCAAGAGGAGAAAAGAAAAUGGUGACCUUUAGGCAGUUGGAGAUACUGUUUGGGUUCACUUAUGGAGAGGGAAAUCGUUGGGACAUCAAGGAGAAUGAGCUCCAAAGAGUUUGGGCCACAAUAGCUGAAGGGAGUUACUCUUCUCCAAGGUCCAAGGCUGCUCAGAUCAGGAGCCCAGUGCUGAGGUACGUGCACAAGGCACUAGCCAACACCUUCUUCGCAAGGAAAGCCACAGGGACAAUCAAUGAAGGAGAGGUUAAGCUCCUUACCAUGGGGAUUAAACCCAUCAUCUCACGCACAAGUGAUAGGACGAGGAUCAGAGGUGAUAGAGCACACUCAGGGAACCUCAUACCUUUGCUAGAUCAGCUCCUCUCCUACAGCACAACAGCCUACAACACUCGCCAUCAAAAGGGAAGAAGGCUAAGUGUUGGAGGAAUCAUCACACCCAUCCUCUGUGCAGCUGGGGUACAGUUAAACAAGAAGAAGGCAACUCCAGCCGGAUGGAUGGACAUCAAGUUCUGCAAGACCAACCUCCUCAUUGAGCACAAGGAAUUGGAUGGGAAAUACCAAUUCAAGUUCACACACCCAUUGGCUGGUCUUUCCAAGCUUCUCCUGCCCAACCCUGAGCUCACUACAGUCGUCAGGGGUGAGAAAAUCGACUUCAGACCCCCAGUGUACGCAUUAGUUGGGCAUGAGGCGAUUUGCGAGAAGAGGAGCCUGAACUCGAUCGAGCUGAGGAUCGAGCUGAAGACCAAGCUGAAGACCAAGCUGAAGACCAAGUUGAAGACCGAGUUGAGGACAACGUUCAGGAACAUGCUGGGUUGA